AGUGUGCGCCCCCAGAGAGGCUGCAUUAUGCCGAGCUCGAGGCGACUUCCAGCGAGAUGAAGAGCUUUCCUGUUGGGACCACGGUGUCGUACGUCUGCCGGCCGGGCUAUAUGAGAAUCCUCGGAAAAUCAUCCUCUCGUACGUGUGGUCUGGACUUACAGUGGUCACCCACGGAGCAGUUCUGUACAGAGAGAAGAUGCAGCCAUCCAGGAGACUUACUACAUGGCUUUGUUAAUGUGACAGAUCUUACAUUUGGUUCAAAAGCUACUUUUUUUUGUGAACAAGGAUUCAGAUUACUUGGAACUGAGGAAAUUUCCUGUGUAAUUACGAACGGAGGGGUUGGCUGGAAUAGAGACGUUCCUUACUGUGAACACAUUCAAUGUGAACCACCUCCAGACAUAACCAACGGGCGCUACACAGAAGCGGACGCAUACUUUUAUCAGACAACUGUCACCUACUCGUGUGACAGCGUGCCCGGGGGCCAGGAUCCCUUCUCGCUCGUUGGCCCGGCUACGAUUUACUGCACGUACAAUGACAACUUGGAUGGAGUUUGGAGCGGACCACCUCCACAAUGCAAAGUGGUCAAAUGUGAUAACCCAGAAGUUGAAAAUGGAAGGAAAAUAUCUGGAUUUGGACCUUCCUACAUCUAUAAGGACUCUGUCACGUUUGAGUGUGAUCCAGGCUAUCUGCUGGUUGGACCACAGGUGAUUACCUGCGAAGAAAAUAACAACUGGUCUUCAAAACCAACCUGCAAAUUAUUAAGUCAGGGUGUAUGUGAGGCCCCAGAGAUCACACACGGAGUAGUGAUUCCAGCGAAAUCUGUGUAUGAAGGAGGAGAGUCUGUUCAGAUAAAGUGCAAUGCUCACUGUACUUUUCCUCACGGUGCUGAAGAGAUGACAGUAACUUGUCAAGGACAGAAUACGUGGAAUUCUUUACAAAACUGUACAU